CCCUCCACCAUUGCCCACCACCUUUCUUGAUCAAGUUCAAACUCCUUCUUGGAAGAUGUUCUUGUGACAAAAUCUUUCGAAUCACGAUGUUUCUGUAGCCCUGUCAUGAGCUCAAUCGCUCCUUUCUCUCUGAAUCUCCUGUCUCACUCGGUCUCAGUCGUGCUGCUGUAUUGGUCCUAUGUGAUUUCCUGAACCUGGUCUGUCCUGAUUAAGUUUGCUGGGACUGAUUCAUUUGACCGAGAGCCCGCGAAGUAGCAAAGCCCCGAAGGAUGAUGUCCCUAGCGCAAGGUAGCUCGGGGUCCGAGGCCGAUGCCAAGCACCUGGGGUCCAACGAGAAGAAGAGGCGGCGGAUGCUGUCGAACCGGGAGUCGGCAAGGCGGUCGAGGAUGAGGAAGCAGAAGCACCUUGAGGACCUGACGAGGGAGAUGGGUGAGCUGGAGAGGGAGAACCGCGAGAUCGUCAGGGCUUACGAGGCCAAGUCACGGUGCCACCUUGGCCUUCAGUGGGAGAACGACGCCCUGCUCGCCGAGAAGGCGGCGCUCGAGAAUUACCUGAACAGCAUGGAGUCGAUCAUCAGCAGUUUCAGGCAGAACGGGCAGUGUCAAAGGCUCGGUUCUGGGGUCCAAGAGCCGUGGCUGGUCCACAGCCCGUCGCAACAGAUGGUGGCAUCUGCUAGCAUGUCUAGGAUUUAGGUGACAUGUAAGUCACAUGUUAAGGUGUCUGUAACUGUUGCCCAGGUCAUUGUUAGGCUCACCUUGUCUGUCCAACAUUGUUGCUCAUUCCUUCAUUGUUCUUGAUUGUGUGCGUGAAUGGAAGAUGGGAAGAUUUAUCUGUGCUAAUA